GCCGUCAGUGUGGGCUUGUCUCCAACUGACGCACACGCACAUUGGGUCAUCGUCACGGCAGUCACGAUAGAAACAAAGAGGAAAGAAGAAACGAUCAAGAGUUCAGAGAAGAUGACCGACAAACUACAGAAAUGUGUGUCGGGUGUCGUGCAGACGUAUCGCGAAGCUCAAAACCUCCUUCCCACCUUGUACACACACCUGUCCGCUUUAGAGAAUAUCAUGAUGCAAAAAAACACCUUGGCAGGCGCGGUGCGACGACGUGAGCACUGCUUUUCGGGUCCGUCAUCGUUCUUCGUUUUGGAAGAAGAUGAAGAUACGGCGCCAUCAGAGAACAGUCGCGCAAGCGUCACGUCAACCUCUGCCGUACGUGAACAUCCAGACGCUGCUGCAUCGCUUCGCGACCCAAACAGACAAGCCGAUCCGCGCUGCCAGCACACCACCACCGCCGUCGCCACGUCUCCCUUGGGUGUGUUGGCCGCCUUCCCAGCCUCCACCACACAGCACCUCAUCGCACUGCAUCAGCGCGAUGAAGAGGAAUUGCUGGGGGUCAUUUCUCGGGUCACACAGCAGGCGUGGCCUCAGAAAGUGGAGCAGCUUAGGGCAAAGAUGGCCCUGGUGGAGUCGCUCGUUGGCACAGCAGUGGAAGGCAGCACGAGGCUCGUUCCGUCAGCGUUGUUCCUGCUAACGCCGUCGCAGCUCUCUGCAGCGCUGUACGGACUCGUGGCGUGCGCGAUCAAAAUGGGCAGUGUGCUUCAGGAAAUGGUGCUGGCAUUGCGCCACGACACUCGACGCUUUCUUUUAAGCUCCUCUGGGUCGUCAUCUGGAGGAGCCAGCGUGCUGGCGGACUACCUGUCCUCUGUCCUCGCACGAGAGGGCCGACUGAAUGCGGAAGGUGCGGCGCUGCUACCUCUGCAUGAACUGAACGAUGAAAAGGAAGUCGGCGCACCGCCUGGAAUGGGCCUUGUGAAUGGGAUGAAUGGGGCGCCCCUUGAUCCGUUGACGUUGGUGGAGGCGGUGGGGAUGUUGGAGUCCUUCGUGGAGACGCGAUGGAGUCUCUGCCGCAAUGUUUACCUCUCCGAGGAGUCAGAUAUACUGCUAGCCAACGUUUGA